UCAUAAGCAUACGUUAAACGAAACCCACGACAUAAAAAAAGGAAGAAGUUAUUACCCUCCUUCCUUCCGUCUCACAAGUAACAAACAACCCAAACAAUCGCCAGAAGAAAGCAAUCAAGGUUUUGCGGAUCGCGAAACUCUUAACUUUCGCGUGCUAUCUGGAUCGACUGAGGUUUCUGGAGAGUUCUCUGAUUCAAGAAGAUUAUGGCCCCAGAUGGCGUAGAAGAGGCGGAGUAUGAGAGUGAUCCCGAGGAGCUGAAGCGCUCCUUGGCUACUCGUAGGAGAGAAGCGAGCGAUGAUGAGGAUGAGAACUUGGGAGAAAUUCAGAGUGCUGACAUCGAUUCCGAUGAACAGAGUGCAAUCGUGGAGUUUGAUAACGAUGCAGGUGAAGGAUUGCACGUAGAAGGUGACGACGAUAGCUAUGAUGAUGAAGAGGAGGAGGGUGAUUAUGGCGAAGUGGAUGACAAUAUGGAAUAUGUUGCUGGCAAGGGUGAGCCUAAGGGAGUGGAAGCAGCGAGGGAGGACUCUGUUGUGGAUGGAGAAGAACCAAAGCAGAAGGAACCUUUUGCUGUGCCAACUGCUGGAGCUUUUUAUAUGCAUGAUGACAGGUUUCAGGAAUUCGAUGCUCCCCCAAAUAGGCGAAUGCGCGGUGGUAGGAGGCUCUGGCCAUCCCGAGAUGAAAGAAAAUGGGGACAUGACAAAUAUGACGAGAUGAAUACACAAGAAAAGCCAUAUGAUAAGAGGACUUCCAGAGGCCGAGCAAGAGGACGUGGUCAGGGUAGGGGUCAGGAGCGUGGGUAUUCUCGAGGGGGCAAUUCUGAAGUGUUUACCAACAAUGGACACCAUAAUCAGUUUCCUAAGGCUGGCACAAGAGGGAGAGGAUCCAGACGAUAUGAGGUUGCCUUGAGAAACGGCUCUCAAGCACGUUCUGCGCAAACCAAACAGUCCCAGAAUUCGUUUGUGAAAGUGUCAGACGUUGAUUCAGGACGUGCACCAACAGAAACAUACAGCUUAGAGAAUGAAGCCAGGAUAAAUGUAGUUGCUUCGGGUUUAAACUCAGCUUCUCCUCCAUUUUAUCCUUCAGGUAACUUGGCACAAAAGGAUUUACAAGCUGGCAUGGGUAGGCUUCACGUUAAUGGAAGCCCCAUGCCGUCUGGAAAGAAGUUUGGGAAUACAAAAUCUAGCUCUUCGUGGGUACAGACUACCCUUUCUCAGACUACUAGUCAAGGUAGAGGUGCACGUUCCCCUGGGAAAGUGCUUAAUCAAGGUGACAAUGUUAUUUCGCCUAGGCAAAUCAGGGGGAUUUCAAAAGGCACUGGAGAAAGCUGUCAACCUCCUGAGUCAGCCACAGAAACAGGUGCUUUGGUUGUCAAGGGAGAAGGGACUCUCCAGCCUAGUGGAAGGGGGUCUUUUAUGUAUGGAGGGACACAAUUUAUGGGCCCAGGCGGGGGCAUGGCGGCUGGUCAUGGCAAUCCCAAUUUCCCUGCUUUUCUGCCUGUUAUGCAAUUCGGUGGUCAGCACGGUGGUGUUCCGACCUUUGGAAUGGCUCUUCCGGGAUAUGUCCAACCAGAACAUGGUACUGGAAGUCCCGAGAUGACAUGGCUGCCAAUUUUGACUGGCCCGGGAGCAUUGGGGGCUUCAUAUCCUCCACCUUAUGCUGCAAUUUAUGGUUCUUACCACAAACCAGGGUUCCCUUCCUCUGCGGAAUUUUCCAGUCAAGAAAACAGUUCGAAUAACCCUACUGAUGAAGAGAAGCCUCUGGAGAUAACUGAUGCUACAAAUAAUGGGACACUACAACGGUCGAACAGCAACCCAAACAAGCAGCCCCGUAGAUACUCGGAGAUGAGCUUUAAUUAGCAAGUGAGUGCACAAUAUAAAGAAGGCAAAGAAAGGUCCCCUUAUGUUAGAAUAAGUUGAGACAGGAGUUGUGUGUGUGUGUGGGAGAGAGGAAGAUAUCAUCCUUUGCUGCAGGUUCUGUUGCUUCUCCUCUGCGGGAGGCACUUUGCGCUGCUAUUGUUGCAGAUUUUACUAGGAGGUUGUCGCGCCUUAAAAAGAAUUUGUUUGUGAGCUUUGAGCUGUCUUCUUUCUUUAUCUGUAAUUUUUAUUAUUUAGUUCCUUCUGCUUUGUUUUUUGAUUUGUAAUGUGGGUAUGUGUUUUGGUUUUGAUUAAGGUUCUGUGUACGGAAGUCCCGCUUUACAAUUUGCUCACUUUGAGCUUCAAUUUAGAUUGUUAUUGUUAUUGGUUAAGCUCCUCUGAUUAAAGAAAAAGGUGUAAUAUAUUGUUUUUUG